UGCAGUCGCUCGCUCGUACCGCUCUUGCGAUGAGUCGACCAGCUCCGGUGUUGCUGCAUCAAUUCGACGUAGAUGAGGACAACGACGACGAGGACGAAGCGUGUUGCAAGUGCGUAGUGCAUCAGCCGGCUGCAGUCGAUAGGGGCCGGACGACGCAGCAGAUAUCAGUUAUUGCUUAUUGUUGUUACGACGGUCAGUGCCAGCAAUUGCGGCAACGUUGGCAGGAGCAGCAGCGAUCACGGAGCACAAGCUGCCUGGUAGUUUAGUGAGAAGAGAAAUGAAAGAUGUCGCACACGGCGGCAAUGCAGGCGGGCGGCAGUUCGGUCGCGGCGGCCGCUCGUGCCGAUAGUACACACAUUAGCGGCGGUCGGUACGAUUUCGAAGAUGGUGGAACAUUCUGUGGUGGCUGGGAGGAUAACAAGGCCCACGGCCACGGAGUUUGUACGGGUCCAAAGAACAAAGGUGCUUAUUCCGGAGCAUGGCAUUACGGUUUCGAGGUGUCGGGGAUAUAUUGUUGGCCAAGUGGCUCCACAUACGAGGGACAUUGGCAAAAUGGAAAAAGACAUGGGUUGGGUAUUGAGGUUAGAGGCAGAUGGGUGUACAGAGGCGAAUGGACGCAAGGUUUCAAGGGCCGGUACGGUGUGCGACAGAGUGCAUCGUCGACGGCCCGGUACGAGGGAACAUGGGCCAACGGGCUGCAGGAUGGUUACGGAUCAGAAACAUACGCCGACGGAGGUAGCUACCAGGGACAAUGGCAGCGGGGUAUGCGACAUGGAUACGGUGUCCGCACAUCGGCUCCAUUCGGUAUGGCCGCCCGAUUUCGACCAAAGUCGGUGCGCGUGUCGAUGACCUCGCUGCGAAGUACCGACGGUGGUAACCAGGCACCGACGCCGGAACCGGGCGAAAAGCGAAACCAUCGGAUCGAUGAUGCGCGCGGUGGCUUUGUGCUGAAGGCAAAAUCCGACGAGACGCCGGUCCGCCGGAACAGUUUGGUAGAGAAAACGAAGAAAGGACUUUUAUCGGGACUCAAAAUUAGGAAACAAAAAAGUACGGGCGAUUUGGAGAAACGUGGCACGGGCACGGGUAGCAUUCGAUCUACGGCGUCAACCGCGUCCUGGUUGAGUACGGAAUCAUCACAAUCAGGAAUGACAAAUAAGUGA